GCCAUUUUAGCUAACUUAAGUCUGGUGUUAUGGUGGAGGCUGCGGAGGCCACAAUGGAUUUCCCACGACGAUGACGGUCAGUCGGCGUGUGCUCGGUGUUUGUGCGAUGAGGAAGACACACACUGAGGAGGAGACACAUGUCGAGCAAACGGUGGAGACUGUGGCCGAGAUUAGAGCACACGUCCCCAGCGGCGGACCAUGGGACUGACGGUGUUGCUGCUGCUGCUGCUGCUGGGACUGCUGUGGUUCCGCUGCUCUCCGCUCUGUGCAGCAGGCUGCAGUGAGCAGGUGGAGGUCCACACCGAGCGCAGGGGCGUCAUCUACAGCCCCUCCUGGCCUUUAAACUACCCUGCUGGAGUCAACUGCAGCUGGCACAUCCAGGGAGGACAGGGAGAGGUCAUCACCAUCAGCUUCCGUAACUUUGACCUGGCGGAGACGGGAGGUUGUUUGGGAGACUGGCUGCUGCUGACUCCUGUGAGGAAUGGGGAGUUCAGGCUGUGCGGCUCCAUGCUACCACCGCCCAUUAUUUCCACCAGGGGGCGCAUGUGGCUUUACUUCCACUCGAAGGCCAACAGCUCUGGACAAGCCCAGGGUUUCCGUCUCUCUUACAUCAGAGGUCACCUCGGUCAGAGCAGCUGUCAACCGGAUGAAUUCUUAUGUGGGAAUGGGAAGUGUCUCCCUCGCUCUUGGAAGUGCAACGGUCAGGAUGAAUGUGGCGAUGGCACCGAUGAACGCAGCUGCUCCCCGCCUCCCACUGAGGCUCAUCUCGGCCUCUGUCCUUUUGCCUCCCUGCCCUGCACUGAGGCUCAGUCCACCCGCUGUCUUCCGGCUGCCAUGCGCUGCAACGGAGCACGGGACUGCACCGAUGGAACCGAUGAGCUCGGUUGCCCCGACACCGCCUGUGGCAAACACCUGAGAAACUUCUAUGGUUCCUUUGCUUCCCCAGAUUUUUUCCGGCCUAACCGCAGCACUGCGUCAGAGCUGACAUGUUCCUGGCUGCUGGACACCCAGGACCCCAAACCCAUCAUGCUGCAGCUGGACCUGCAGCUUGGGCCCAGAGACUCGCUGCAUGUGUACGACGGCUUGCUGCAGCAGGCGGAGCAUCUUUUACAGGUGCUGUCGCAUCAUAACAACAGACGCAUGGUGCUGCUGGAGUCGAGCCGCGGACAGAUGAGUGUGCUGUACAUGGCCCAGCCUCACAGCCCUGGACAUGGCUUCAAUGCUACAUAUCAGGUCAAAGGAUACUGCUUUCCCGGUGAACACCCCUGUGGCAGUGACCAGGGCUGUUUCUCUGAACGCCAGCGCUGCGAUGGCUAUUGGCAUUGCCCCUCUGGCCGCGACGAGGAAGCCUGCCCAACAUGUCCCGACGGGGAGUUUCCCUGUGAGGGAGGUGCAGGCAUGUGCUACCCAGCCUCGGAGCGCUGCAACAACCAGAAGAGGUGCCCCGAUGGGUCGGAUGAGAAGAACUGCUACGACUGCCAACCUGGAAACUUCCACUGUGGGACUAACCUGUGUAUCUUUGAGACGUGGCGGUGCGAUGGCCAGGAGGACUGCUUAGACGGGAGCGAUGAAAGAGACUGCCUGGCUGCAGUUCCCAGGAAAGUCAUCACUGCCGCCCUGAUCGGCAGUCUGGUCUGCAGCCUGCUGCUCGUCAUUGCCCUCGGCUGUGCUCUCAAACUUCACUCACUCAGGAGCAGGGAGUACAGGGCUUUCGAGACUCAGAUGACUCGCAUGGAGGCAGAGUUUGUUCAGAGAGAGGCUCCUCCCUCCUAUGGUCAGCUGAUCGCCCAGGGUCUCAUCCCUCCCGUGGAGGAUUUCCCAGUAUAUAAUCCUACUCAGGCCUCUAUGUUACAGAACCUGCGGGUGGCGAUGCGCAGACAGAUCAGACGUCAUUCAACGCGCCGCUCGUCCUCCUCUUCCCCAUUUCAACGUCACCUCGGGCAUCUAUGGGGUCGCCUGAUUCGUAGCAGAGGGAGAGCCAGGGGCCACAUCCCCUUGCUGGAUUCCCCUGGACCCACACAGAUCAUACUGGGACUCCACAGCUACCGCACUGUGGGGGAGCAGGGGCCUCCGGUCAGGGCCAGGGAUCAGCUGGGGGACGAGGAUGAUGUAAUGGUGGGUAUGUCAGGCUCCAGCUGCUUAGCCACCAUGGGCCUGCAGCCAUGCACACCAGAGAGCCCCGCCUCACCUCUCUCCUCCCAAUCAGUGGACAGUCCAGACGACGAGGACCUCUUGCCUGUUUGCGAGGAAGAAGCCAGGACUCCACUGUCGGAACCUCCCACUGCUGGUCACAGUGACUCAUCAGCCCACAGUGAACAUCGUCCCACUCCACAGGAAGCAUCUAUGCCCCUCUGCCACCCACGGCUAUCUAAGAAACUAGUUCUGGAGCUUGCAGUUAACUUUCAAGGAGUCUCCUUAAGACGUUACUCCCCUCUUGGGCCCUUGUCCCCUAUCUCACCUCCCGUGUUUUCCAGCAGCUCCUUGACACCAUUAACCCAGUCUCAUUCACAGAGUCCAGAGGUGACUUCACCCACUGGGCCCUUGUUGUCUCCUGUGAAAGCAGAGGACACUAACAGCCAUUUUACUGUUCAAAUGCCAAGCAGGGACAGAAGGAACAGGGAUGAGAGGAGGAGGAGGAGGGAGGGAAAGAGUAGACUCUCCACGUUCAGCAGGACCCUAAAUGAUGAGGGUGGAGGCUCAGAGAGGGAGGCAACGUCAUCCUGAUACAGUUUUGGAAAGAUAAUCUUCACUGUAUCACUCUGUUGAGACCUGAUGGCGAUAAUAUCAGUUCUGCUAAAGUGUCCUUGAAAGGUGAGACCCAUACCUUAGCCUGACUGUUGUAGGAGGUACAGAAUCAGACCCAGUAUCAUACAGUUAACACGUGUUAAUUCUCGGGCUAAAACCAUUAAUCCAUUAUGAUUGAUCACUAAAUUAAAUGUCAACUAUUUUGAUAACCAGUUUAUCAGUUUGAGUGUUUUUGUUUGUUUUUUAAAUACGUAAAUGUGAUAAUUUUCUGAAUAUAUGUCUAAGAAACCAUUAGACAUUUGAGAACAUCAUCAUUUCAAGGCUUGGGAAACACCAAUCCAUAUUUUUCAAAAUUCUCUGACAUUAUAUGGACCAAACGUCUAAUCGUGAAAAUCGAUUAAUUCAUGAAAAGAUUUGUUUGUUGCAGCCUGAGUUUAUUCUAUCUUUUUGAACGGUUAUCAUUUAGCUUCAGUGAAACAAACAAAAGCCCAAAACACAAAUUAGCUCAUGCCACCUUUUCCCAACAUUGGCAGUGCUUCUGCUAAAUCUCAUUGUGCACUUCCCUGCUUAACCUACCCACACAUAGACUUACUGUGAGCCUGUUACAGAGAAACACACUUAGUUCUGGCUCCCAGUACCAAAACAAUAAAAAUAGCAGCACGUUUGCCACAGCAGCCUUUUGUCGUAACCCAGAGCCAUUAUACGCCGUUAUAUACUGUGUGAACCAUAAAAGCCUAGCUCAUCACCUCUUUCCCAUCUUAGUCCCAUUUUUCUUGUCAGUCAUGGACGGCUGUCACUUUAAAGAAGAUUAAAAUAGUUGUUUUAGUUGCUAACAGCAAAAUAUGAAAAGACCAAAACUUCCAAAACCAGCUUUUAGUUGUCAUGUUUCCUUAUGUUUUUUACCACAUUUACUUCCUGUUUUAUUUUUUAUUUAGACGUCUUCCCUGUGUUUUACUUAAUUUCCCUCGAUUACCAGUCCAGCUUUAAUUGUUUACACCUGUCUUUUCAUCUUCCCUCCCUUUUAGUAUGUAGCGUCUGUAUGUCUCAGUUUGUCUUGUCCGUGUUCUGACAGCAUCCCAGCCUCGUGUGUUAUUUUUACGUGUAUCAGGACCUUGUCUGACUGCACCAACCCCCACCAACUAGGACCCAGUGGAUUCAGUUUAUGUUUAUGUGCAUAUGUGGGGAAUUCAAGAGACAAUCUUUUUAUUGGGAUUUGUUGACAAUAAGAAAAAUACUGAAAUAACCUCCAAAACACAACUAUCCAAAAGUAAAUGCAGUAUACCAAGAGUAAACUUUAUCUAAACUAUAUGUAACCUAAGGCUGUUGGCUUUAGAUUUUUUUUAUUUAUUUUAAUAGUAUGACAAUAUUAUGAGACAGCUAAUAUGUUACGCUAAUCCAGUGUUUCUUAAUCCUGGUCGUCAGGGACCUGCGUGUUUUGAAUGUUUCCCUGCCCCAACACACCUGAUUCACAUGAGUGGCUCGUUACCAGUGCUUGUUAACGAGCUGACCAUUAGAAUCAGGUGUGUUGGAAAACAUGCAGGACAGUGGGUCCUGAGGACCAGGAUCAGGAGUCACUGUAAACUGGCUGUCGGCUUUAGCGUUCUUCUUAACCCCAGCAUUUAGGCUUCUUUUCCCCAUUACUAUGUUAAAAUAUAGUCUCUUAUAUACUUUUUUUUCAGCACCACCUACAGACAAUGUUUUUUUUUUUCCAUUUUCACCAACUAUAUAAACACACCUGAGCAAAAAGUACAAGUAAAAUCGGAUUGAAUUUGUGAAAUUUGGAAAUAUGUCGCAUUUCAAAGUUCGCUUGGCUCCUUUUUAUGAACAAAAAUAAAGGAAAAUGUUGUGACUUUUGCACAAGUAUCACUGCUAAAAACUUUUUUUAAAAAUGCGAUAUAAAAUGAAUCCUAACUUUGACUCAACAACACAUAUAACACAGAAAAACACAUUUUGUAAAGUCUGAGGAUAUGACCUAUAAACCCCCCCCAGGAUUUCCAUAUAAGGAUAUUCCCACUGCAAUUUACCGAGAUAAGGGUUAAUGAUAUGAGAUUAUUAUGAGACAAGAAUUUUGUUUUAAAUAAUGUCAAAUUAUUCCAAUAACAUGGACAGUGACAGUAAAUCAGGCCAAAGCUUUUGGUUCAUUAUGUGUCAGGACUUAUCUUCUCAAGUGAUGCUUUUAACAAACCUCAACAUCAGAAUGUUUAAUUUACCUGCUUUUAAAAAGUCCAGUGGAGCGAGUUACUCAGCUCUUCCUCAAUGGACGUAUGUGUGUGUGUUCUGAUUUUUAAUUUGUGAUGAGUCUGUGUGGAUAUUCAGGGAAUUUUUGGGAAGAGAGGCGACUUUGUGUCAGAAUAUUUAUUGAUAGAAGAUUCCUUUUUCGCUGUGGUACCUCUGCAGGACUGCUGACUGCACACUGAGAUGCAGCACAUGUCUGGACUGCUGAUUUAUUUCACAUCUAUGCUGUGGAAUCUUUUUUGACAGGACGUUAAAUCAAAGACUUCUAUUUUUCAGCCUCCAAUGGAGUCCUAUACCAGUUCUUUCUAUUUCUCGCUCUACCUUGACAAACAUUGGGAUUGUUUUCCGGUCUUUGACUGUGUGUCUGCCUAAGGUAUGGCACUGUUAACAUUUGCUGAUCACCUUUGGAGAAUGUGCCUGUUUCAUUUUGGUUCAAAUCUGUGAAUGUCUCACUGCAGGACACUGAGAACUGAGAGGAAACGUCAGAGGUCAACCUCUGGUGGGGUUUUGCUGCAGUGUGAGGUUCCUCUGCUACAUAUACAGUCUCUCCUGCUGUUCUUUCUUUUAAAGAGAGUUGAAUGUGCCAUUCUACCUUCUUAUUGAUGUUGUUGUAGACUGCUGCUACAUGUCUUGUGCCAUUAGAGAUCCCCCCCAACCUUCCUAAAGAGUCAUUCUUACUCUCCCCCCCUCCCCUUUUCUUUGGAGAAAUACAUUUAAUUAACUCGUUCUUAGUUUCACACAUUUUGUGCUUCUUGUUAAUGUACCUCAUUGCUUGAUUUAAGGACAUCAGACUGUAAAUAAAAUAGGUAGGUGCUGUUUGAAUCAUUGAACUAAAAGGAAAGUACGCCCUUCCUUUGAUGUACAGACAUUUCAUGAAUGCCUUAAUGGUUUUUCUUUGCCAUUUUGAUGAUCAUCGCGUUCGUCACAGCUGCAGUUUAUAUAUUUGACCAGGUUGGACGUGUGCCCGAACACACGUUUAUGAUAUGACAUCGAUGAUAUACACUGGCACCGCUCCAUCAGGAAUCUUGGGAAUCUCUGGGAUUAUUGUCGGACAGGAAUUUCGGGGAAUGUGUUUCCUCCAGUGACCUUAACUCGGUGUAUGUUCACAUUUAUCGAAGUGAUAAUCUGCAAGUUUAUUUCGAUUUUGAUGAUUGUCUUUGAUUAUUUGUGAUAAGGAUUGCAGCCAACAUAUUGUAGAGGUUUUUUUUUCUAAUGUUGUUAAGCUGUUUUAUCUGUCAUCAGUUAUGAACAAGUUUACACACAGGUACAAAAAACACUGGAUCAAGACCACCGGACAAUGUCGUCCAACUGCACCAGGUUGUCUGCUCAUGACAGCCUCUCUCCUUGCUGUUAGAUUUUGAAGCUUAUUUCUUGUGUAAAUGCAUUUCUCUCAUUUUUGGGAUCUAUAUUUGUAUAUUUUCUGCUGACAGAGAAAAAGACACCAUGACAUUGUGAGGUUUUUCUGAUCAAAACCCUGCGACGAUAAACAGUUUUCUGGUUAGUAGACAUUGUUUUCUUGUGCCUGCGAUUAAUAAAUUUAAAGCUUGUCA